AUGUCGUCGGAGAUCGAGGUCGUCGAAGAUGAGGUCCAAACCCGUGAUCACGAAUCUGUGGGUGCCGCCUCAGCCAAGUCAACGAACAAUGGCGACGCCAAUGGGAUUGGGGAAGAGAGUCUGCGAAACGACGUGUACACGGCCGCUGCGUACGGGGAUUUGGAGAAGCUCCAGAGAUUGGUGGAGUGUGAAGGUUGCUCUGUUUCCGAGACCGAUGGGCUCGGCUACUAUGCCCUCCAGUGGGCCGCUCUGAACAACCGCACUGCCGCUGCACAGUAUAUUAUUGAGCACGGAGGAGAUGUGAAUGCCACAGAUCAUACGGGGCAAACAGCAUUACAUUGGAGUGCAGUGCGGGGUGCAAUCCAGGUUGCAGAGCUAUUACUCCAAGAGGGUGCUCGGGUAAAUGCAGCCGAUAUGUAUGGCUAUCAGACUACACAUGUUGCAGCUCAAUAUGGUCAGACUGCUUUCCUGUACCAUACUGUUUCAAAAUGGAAUGCUGACCCUGAUGUGCCUGAUAAUGAUGGGAGAAGCCCUUUACAUUGGGCUGCUUAUAAAGGUUUUGCGGAUUGUAUACGUCUGCUUUUAUUUCUGGAUGCAUAUAAAGGACGGCAAGAUAAAGAGGGUUGCACUCCUUUGCAUUGGGCUGCUAUCAGGGGUAACUUGGAGGCAUGCACAGUGUUGGUACAGGCUGGGAAGAAGGAGGACUUAAUGGUUACAGAUAACACCGGCCUUACACCCGCACAACUUGCUGCUGAUAAGAAUCACAGACAAGUUGCUUUUUUCCUUGGGAAUGCUAGAAGGCUGCUUGACAAACGUUGUGACGGGAACGGUCAUCUUGGACAAGUUUCAAAACUAGGACUUGCACCAGUACUUUGGUGCAUAAUAUUUGUGCUCCUGGUGACCUAUACUCAUUCUGUGAUCAUGGCACCAAAUCUUCCAAAGUUAACAGCUGGAUCAGUUUUUGUUGCAUGGCUCGGAGUUUUCUUUGCAACUUCUGGGCUUGUAAUGUUCUAUAGGUGUAGCAGCAAGGAUCCAGGUUACAUCCGAAUGAAUAUCCAUGAUUCACAAAAUAUGAAAGAUGAUGAACCUCUAUUGAAGAUUGAGAUAAAUAACCCUGCCUUGCUAGCUGGUAAUUGGUCUCAGCUCUGUGCAACGUGCAAGAUUGUCAGGCCUCUUCGUGCAAAGCACUGUUCCACUUGUGAUCGUUGUGUUGAACAAUUUGACCACCAUUGCCCUUGGGUAUCCAAUUGCAUUGGCAAGAAAAACAAAUGGGAUUUCUUUGCUUUCCUUGUUCUGGAAGUUUUGGCAAUGGUAUUCACUGGAGGGGUUACUCUUACGAGAGUUUUGAGUGAUCCAGUCAGUCCAUCUACUUUUGGAGCAUGGAUUAAUUAUGUCGCCAUUAGUCAUGUUGGUGCUCUUUCAUUUUUUAUCAUGGAUUUCUUCCUCUUUUUUGGUGUGGCAGUUUUGACUGUUGUACAAGCUUCUCAGAUAUCACGGAAUGUUACAACUAAUGAAAUGGCAAACGCGAUGCGCUAUAACUACCUUAGAGGCCCAGGUGGUCGGUUCAGAAAUCCAUAUGAUCACGGGAUCAGGAAGAACUGUUCGGAUUUCUUGAUCAAAGGUUACAACGAAGAUGUGGAAUACAUUGAAGAAUCAGCUCGUGAUGAGGAGGAGGGGAUUGGAAUGAGGCAUAUGCUGAAGAACUCAAACGUGCAAAAUGGUGAUGCCUAUUCUCACCACGCAAAUGGCAAUAGUCAGGUUGCAAUCAAUGUAAAUUCAAAUUCAACAUCACAUCAUGGUCAUGCUCAUUCUGCCCAGUGCAGCCAUAAUAACCAUGGGAAAACAAAAAGUGAUAACGUUCCGUUAGGCUUAGGUCUUGGCCUUGGACGGAACACUGCCCGAUCUGUUGUAGCUUCUUGA